UCGCCAUGAAAUUCAAAUUUUAAAAUAGAAUAGCCCAAGCCAUUGUAGUAGAACAACGUAAACCUCAAACCCUCUUUCUCACCGUACUUUGGAGAGCUUCACAGACUCACACAUCUCAAGAUCUUCAUUCAAAUCUUCAAAUCAGAGCUAUCAAGUUCAUCAACAACCUUCACAUUUCAAAAUUACUCUCAGUUCUCCAAUUUAUUCUUCUAAAAUCCCCCAUCCCUCUCUCUCUCUCUCUCUCUCUCUAUAUAUAUAUAUAUAUAUAUCGGCAUAUGAGAGAGAUUUGAAUAUCACAACAUGAUCGUUAGAACGUACGGUCGUCGGAAUCGGAGCUUCACUAGACCCCACUCUGCCUCACCUUUCGACGAUCCAGAUUCUUCGUUUUACCAAGAAAACCCUCAAGGCAAUGACAUUUACAGUUUUGCCUUCUCUUCCCAAGAUUCCUCUCACUGGUCCUUCGAUUCCGAACCCUACUUCUCCAAUUCGUCUCAAGAACCUCCUCAAUUGGCAAUUGUAGUCGGUGAUUCGGAGCACAGAGAUGGGGAUUUUCGAAAAUUAAAGAAGGCGAGGAGGAAUGGGAAGAAAGAGAAAAUGGGGAAAUGGGUUUCGGCGGCGACAUUGAUGGAGACUCAGGAGUGUGGGGAGAUGAUGGAGCAUGUGGACGAGGUCAAUUUUGCUUUGGAUGGGUUGAGGAAGGCUCAACCGGCUCGGAUUCGAAGGGCGUGUUUGUUGUCUCUGUUGUCGAUUUGCUGUACAGCGCAGCGGCGGCGGCUUCUGAGAACACAUGGGAUGGCAAAAACAGUAAUUGAUGCUGUUUUGGGACUCAGCUUUGAUGACUCGCCUAGCAAUUUGGCUGCUGCUGCUCUCUUCUACAUUUUGACUAGCGAUGGUCAAGAUGAUCACCUUUUGGAUUCUCCAAGUUGCAUCCGUUUUAUGAUAAAAUUGUUGAAGCCACUCACCUCUGGUGUUACUAAAGACGAGACAUCAACUAUUGGCUGUAAGCUUCUGGCGUUACGUAAGGAUGUUAAUAUUGUACAAGACACCAAUAAGGAAAUAGAUUUGACCUCCUCUGCAAUUAUGGUUAAAGUUCAGGAAAUUCUUGUAAGUUGUAAGGAAAUGAAGUCAAGUAAGGGAAAUGAUAAUGCAGUGAGGAAGCCAGAGUUAAGCCCAAAGUGGAUAGCUUUGUUGGCAAUGGAGAAAGCUUGCUUAUCUACCAUUUCUCUUGAAGACGCCUCUGGUACUGUAAGGAAGACUGGAGGCAACUUCAAGGAAAAGUUACGAGAGUUUGGAGGACUUGAUGUGGUCUUUGAGGUUGCCCGAAAUUGUCAUUCCAUUAUGGAGAGGUGGUUAGAUCAAAGUUCCUUCUCAUAUAAGAAGUCAAAAGACAAUGUAGAUCUAGAAAGUCUGGUGCUGCUUUUAAAAUGUUUGAAGAUCAUGGAGAAUGCAACAUUCCUUAGUCAGGACAAUCAGAGGCAUUUGCUUGAAAUGAAAGGGAGCUUCGACCAUCAGGGCUCUCCUCGAUCUUUCACAAAACUCAUUAUUAGUGUCAUAAAGAUUCUCUCAGGUCUUUCUUUAUCCAAAAGCUCUUUGGGCAAUUCAGAUGAUGAAGAGUUCUGUAAUAUUUCUAAUGGGGCUGAUCAUGCUUCUGAAAUGCCUUUAUUGGCAGGCCAUAAAGUUGACAGUGAUGAGAUUAUAUCCAUCAGUUCUUCUAGCACAGAGUGGACGUCUUCUCAGAAGAGCUUCAUUAUAUCUCAGAACAGUCGAUGGUUGUCUGCUGCCCACUCAGGAAUUUCUAGAUCAACUUCUGAAACAACCUCUACAUCUUCAGCUGAUACUUGCUUGUUGAAGAUUAGAGUCAAUUCUUCCACUUCCGGCUCAUGCAGUGGAACAUCAAGGAGUUCAUGUAGUGGAAUGCCUGUUAACGUUUAUGGUUCAAGAAUGAACUUCGGUCUUGGAAAGAGAUGCAAGGUUGCUGAAGACACCAAGUUUGAACUUCUAGAAGACAAUCAGGAUCUUUUUGCUUUUCAUGAAGAUGAAUUUGAGCCCUGUAAGUGGGAAUUACUAUCUGGGAGACCGGGAGUUACUGAAACUGGAAACAGCAGAGCAACAUAUAGAGAAAAUGAAGAGGGGUGUCAAUCUCAACCGAUGUUAAGCCAGCAAGAGUCAAGUAACCAGGCAAAUCAUCGUUCGGAUGUCUCUUGUUCAUCCUCUAUUGAUGAAGAAAAAUUCAACCUUCUUGCAGACUGCCUGCUUACAGCUGUGAAGGUCCUAAUGAACUUAACGAAUGACAACCCUGUGGGUUGUCAGCAAAUUGCUGCCUGUGGAGGACUGGAAACUUUGUCUUCAUUAAUUGCUGGCCACUUUCCAUCAUUCAGUUUAUCUUUGCCUCCCUUCAGUGAGAUAAGAGAGAAUUCCUUGUCCAUGUCAAGUCUCGAGGCUGACCAUCAGAUUAAGAGUUACCUCUCUGAUCAAGAAUUAGAUUUUCUUGUUGCCAUUUUGGGCUUGCUUGUCAACCUGGUAGAGAAAGAUGGUUACAACAGAUCUCUGCUUGCAGCAGUGAGUGUUUCAUUGCCAAGUGUGGAAGGGCUAGAAGAAGAAAAGCAUCGAGAUGUGAUUCCAUUACUAUGUUCCAUCUUUUUGGCCAACCAAGGGGCAGGUGAGGCAGUUGGGGAAGGAAAGGUCCUGUCCUGGGAUGAUGAGGCAGUUGUGCUGCAGGGAGAGAAAGAAGCCGAGAAAAUGAUUGUAGAAGCUUAUGCAGCCCUUCUUCUUGCAUUCCUUUCAACUGAGAGCAGCAAGAGCAUACGUAAUGCUAUUGCCGACUGCCUCCCAGAUCACAAACUGACAAUUCUUGUACCUGUGUUGGAGAGAUUUGUGGAAUUUCAUUUGGCACUAAACAUGAUCCAACCGGAGACUCACACAACGGUGCUUGAAGUAAUCGAAUCAUGCAGGAUGGCAUGAGAUGAGAGCACAAGAACAAGGAGAAUUGGUAUAGCCUCAAAAUUCCCACGGAUUGACUGUGUGUUGUUACACUAUACCUAAGGGAGAGAUGGAUUUCUUGCUGGUGAUACUGUCAAAACUAACCCUAGGCCUGUUUUUAGUCUGAUUGACGUUUUUUGAUUAUAUAUUUUAGCUAUUUACAUUAUCUUUCGAGCCUUUUUUCCCCAACCAUAUUUGGUGUCAGCUGCGAUGCUUGUAUACAGAAAGUCCUACCAAAAUCUAAUUCUCUUUGUGAGUUGUCAAUAUAAGUUGUAAUUGUUUUAUGAUAGCUCUCCACUAUUAACCUGUCUCUGGCUUUUUUUGUUUUUGCUUUUGCUUUUGUUUUUGAGAACAACCCUACAAGGGUGUUUGGCUGAGGAGAAAAUGCAUGUUACGCAAGGACAAUGUCUACGAUUGUUGAGAA